CAAGUGCACACGUCAAGCACCGAAACGCUCAAAGUCGAACACCGAGUCAAGACACUCCGCUUGAACCCCGAGUCCAGCGCUAGUGUCCUCCCUCGUCUUCUGCUCAUCCAUCCCCUUCCGCAUUGGAUGUCCGUGAAGAGCUCGUGGACUUUCAACAAAAAGUACCCCGUGUACACCGCCAGCCACUAGGCGCUUCCUCCCUCACGCUCUACCGCGCAACAAGAACCACCAUCAGUGCAACGAUGACUCAACUUGAACUACUCGCUCAUUCCCCGGCGCCUUUCAGCGGUCCAAAAGUCAACUCUACCGUCCCACGUCGCCAUCUCAAUGCCAACACUUUGCUUCGUCGCGCGUCGUCGGCUAGCCCCACGUACGACACGAUCGAGUGCAAGGCUCUGAUCCUCGGCUGUGGAGUGGCUGGCAAUGCCGCGGCUUUGCGUCUAGCCAACCAAGGCAUCAAGGUGACGAUGCUCGCCGCCGCUGAAGACCCGAACAACUGUGCCACGUAUUACGCCCAAGGCGGCAUCAUCUACAAAAGUGAUGACGACACGCCUGCUCUUCUGUCCUCCGACGUCCACCGUGCCGGUGCCGGUGUGUGUGAAGAUAUCGCUGUCCAGAAACUGGCCGUCGAAGGACCUGGACGUGUCGAGGAGAUGCUCCUGGACGUCGCCAAGGUGCCAUUCACCCGCAAGGACGACGGCGACCUCGCCCUCACACUGGAGGCGUCACACAACCGCGCUCGUAUCCUGUACAAGGCUGACCAUACGGGUCGUGCUAUCUCCACUAGCAUGGUACAAGCCGUGCGUGACCACCCGAACAUCGUGUUGCUUACUGGUCGCAGCGCCUUCGAGCUCGUCACCAACGACGUCGGUGAGUGUGUCGGCGCCUUGACGGUGUCCACCAAGGGCAAAGUAGAACACUACCGUGCUCCGUUCACUCUACUCGCCACUGGUGGCGUAGGUGACGUGUACAAGAACACUUCCAACCCAGAAGGUGCUCGUGGUGAGGGCAUCGCGUUGGCUGCUCGUGCCGGCGCGAAACUCAAGAACAUGCAGUACGUGCAGUUCCAUCCAACCACCUUGUACAUCCCCGAUGAGCGUCGGUUCUUGCUGACUGAGGCCCUACGUGGUGAAGGAGCUAUUCUACGCAACAAAAGUGGCCGUGCCUUUGCCAAAGACUACCAUCCAGACGGUGAAUUGGCUCCACGUGAUGUGGUUGCGCGUCUCAUUCUAGCUGAGAUGGAGAAACAGGACGAACCGUGCAUGUAUCUGGACAUCUCACACGAGAGCAGUGACUGGAUUAAGAGUCGAUUCCCGACGAUCUAUCAGCACUGUAUGGACCGUGGUAUUGACAUGACUAAGAUGCCAAUGCCUGUGGUUCCUGCUGCUCACUAUCACUGCGGUGGAGUUGAAGUGGACUUGCAAGGACGCACGUCUGUCCCUGGUCUGUAUGCUGCAGGUGAAGUGAGCUGCACUGGUCUCCACGGUGCGAACCGUCUGGCUUCUACUUCCUUGCUGGAAGGUCUUGUGUGGGGCUGCAGCUCUGCUGACGAUUACAUGGCGCGUAUUAACUCGUUCGACUUGGAUAACUCGAACAAGGAGGAAGAUCCGUUCGCCCACUUGAAUGGCUUCCGUGAUCCGUAUCCGAACGAGAUUGAGGAAGUGAUGCUGGCUACCCAGCGCAUCAUGUGGGAGUCGGUGGGUCCUAUUCGCACGGCAUCCGGUAUGGACAGCGCGGUUGAUAAACUCGCGUUGCUGGAAGUCAAGGCUGACAAACUGCAUCAGGAGUGUCGUGUCACUCGCGAGACUGCAGGUCUUCGCAAUGCUGUUCGGACAGCGAAAGAGAUCGCUCUUGCGGCUCUGAACAGCCCUCUGUCGGUGGGCACGCACUACAUCGUCACGGAGUAGGUUUAACUUUAGCAAGUCUCGAGCUAGCUCUUUUUCUUUUCUUUUGUUUGCCAGUCAGCACUGGCAACUUUUAUUGUCUUUGCUUAG